AGUCAAAAUGAAAAAUUAUUUUCCCCGAGCUUCUUUAACGACAAACAGCAGCAUGAUCACUUAGCAUUCGUAGGUUUUAUGUUCACGGAAAAGAGACAAAAGUUUGGAGAGUUUGAGGCUAACUAUGGCGCGAGAGAUUGGAGAGCCUAGAGAAGCCAAAAGUUCCAAAGUCAAGCAACAGAAGAAAAGAAGAAGCAAGAAAGAGAGCAAAACGCGGACUGUACACGCCAAUAUAUUGUAUGACCAUGCCAAAGGAGACGAUAAUCCAAACAGACACUAUGCAAACAACAAGAUUAAAACAACCAAAUACACUCUGCUUUCUUUUCUUCCGAAGAACCUUUUCGAACAAUUUCACCGAUUUGCCAACGUGUAUUUUGUUUUCAUAGCCUUACUGAAUUUUGUGCCUGUAGUCAAUGCUUUUCAACCGGAGCUAGCACUUGCUCCUGUGGUAUUUAUUUUGUCUGUCACCGCUAUAAAGGAUCUUUGGGAAGAUUAUCGAAGACAUAGAUCAGAUAAAGAAAUAAAUCACAUGGAUUGUCUCGUUUACAGCAGGACUGAGAGACGCUAUGUGGAGAAGUACUGGAAGGAGCUGCGUGUGGGGGAUUUUGUGCGUCUGCGAUGUAACGAGAUCCUCCCCGCCGACGUGCUGCUGCUGAGCUCCAGCGACCCGGACCGCCUCUGCCACAUCGAGACGGCCACACUGGACGGAGAAACCAAUCUCAAACAGAGACAAGUGGUCAGAAGUUUCCUAGACCUGGAUUGCGAGUUUGAUCCCUGCAAGUACAACAGCGUCAUUGAAUGUGAGAAGCCCAACAAUGACUUGAACAGGUUUCGUGGUUACAUAAUCCAUCGGAAUGGGAGAAGGGACGGUCUGUAUAAGGAUAACCUGCUGCUCAGAGGAUGCACAGUCCGCAACACCGAAGAGGCUCUUGGUAUCGUCAUCUAUGCCGGUCAUGAGACCAAAGCAAUGCUGAACAACAAUGGCCCCCGUUACAAGCGAAGUAAACUGGAACGGCAGAUGAAUGUGGACGUGUUUUGGUGUGUGAUCAUUUUGCUGGUGAUGUGCCUCUUCUGUGCAAUAGGUCACGGACUGUGGAUGUAUCAGUACGGAGAUAAGAGGCCAGUAUUUGACGUGCUCAGUCCCGAGGGAACGGACUUAUCGCCGGCCCUCUCUGCCAUCUAUCUCUUUCUCACCCUGAUCAUAGUGUUUCAGGUGCUGGUUCCCAUUUCUCUCUUUGUGUCUAUUGAGAUAGUGAAGAUCUGCCAGGUGUAUUUCAUCCACCAGGAUAUGGAGCUGUACGACGAGGAGACUGACUCUCAGCUUCAGUGCCGAGCUCUGAACAUCACCGAGGACCUGGGGCAGGUGCAGUACAUCUUCUCGGACAAGACGGGCACGCUGACGGAGAAUAAGAUGGUGUUCCGUCGCUGCACAGUGGCAGGGGUGGAGUAUUCACAUGAUGCAAAUGCACGAAGGCUGGCCAUGUAUCAGGAGAUGGAUUCAGAGGAAGAGGAGUGUACGUCUCACGGCGGUACUCUUCCAAGACGAGACAGCGUAACCAGUCACCAGAGUGCCAAGGUGGUGCUGCGUUCCCAAAGCACCAAGUCACACCGUCGGACCGGCAGUCGCGCUGAGGCCAAACGCGCGAGCAUCUUAUCCAAACACACUGCUUUCAGCAGUCCAAUGGAGAAGGACAUCACUCCAGAUCCAGAGUUGUUGGAGAAGGUGAAUGACUGCGCUAGUCAGAUGGAGUUCAUGCGCUUCCACUCUCAGCCUUUCUCCCAUCUGCCCUCUGACCUCUCUGACAUCAUAGACUUCUUCAUCGCCCUGACCAUCUGUAACACUGUGGUGGUUUCCUCCCCCAAUCAGCCGCGGCAGAAGGUGCGACGCUUUGAGUUAAAGUCUCCCGUGAAGACCAUCGAAGAUUUCAUCAAACGAUUUACGCCAAGCCGGCUGACCUCCGGCUCAAACAGCAGCAGCUCCUCCAGCCUGGUCACCACGCGUUCGGCCUCGCACAAGGCCUGUUCCAGCAUACUGUCGUCCCCUUCCGCCGAGAGCACCCUCACCAAACUGGACGAAGAACGUUCUCGCGGAGGCACCCUGGACCACGCAUUCAGCCCCGUGCCGCCUUCGUACGACGAGACCAAAUCCCUCAUCCAGGAGGAAGGGGAACUGCGCUACGAGGCGGAGUCGCCUGACGAGGCCGCGCUGGUUUACGCUGCACGGGCCUACAAGUGCUCUCUGGUUGGUCGUUUACCAGACCAGGUGACGGUCGAGCUGCCGCACUUGGGCAAGCUGAAUUUUGAGCUGCUGCACACGCUGGGGUUUGACUCCACCAGAAAGAGAAUGUCAGUGGUGGUCAAACAUCCACUUACAGACCAGAUCACUGUCUACACCAAAGGAGCUGACUCGGUCAUUAUGGAUCUGAUCAGCCCUCCUGCUACAGAUCAUUCCAAAGGUAAACGUCAAAGGAAAAUUUUAUUCAAAACCCAAAACUACUUGAAUGUCUACGCUGCAGACGGCCUGAGAACUCUCUGCAUCGCCAAAAAGGUUCUCAGUAAGGAGGAGUAUGCGAGCUGGCUACGGCGCCACCUAGAGGCUGAGACUGCCAUCCAGGGCCGGGAGGAGCUGCUGUUUGAGUCUGCUUUGAGACUGGAGACUAACCUUCAUCUGUUGGGAGCUACAGGGAUUGAGGACCGGCUGCAGGAUGGCGUGCCGGAAACGAUAGCAUCUCUGCGGAAGGCAGGUCUACAGAUCUGGGUGCUAACCGGAGAUAAGCAAGAGACGGCCAUAAAUAUUGCCUAUGCCUGCAAGCUCCUCGACCCUGAAGAAGAAAUCAUCACCCUCAAUGCCGAAUCUCAGGAGGCUUGUGCAGUUCUUCUCGAGGAGAGCCUACAUUACAUCCAGGCCAAAUUCCUCUGCAACGCAUCCACAGACCAGCACGCCUCUCGGGUUUACCACCAGGACUACUCGGCCCUCCACGUUCCAGCACCAGCCUGCUCCCCAUACGCCUCUCUCCACACCGUGCCGUUCCUGGUUCACCGGCUGGGCUUGGUGAUCGACGGGCGGACUCUAGCCUACGCUUUGGAGAAGAGUCUGGAGGAUAAGUUCUUGGCGGUGGCCAGGAGCUGCAGGUCGGUGCUCUGCUGUCGUUCCACGCCCCUGCAGAAGAGCAAAGUGGUCAAACUGGUGCGGAACAAGCUCAAAGUCAUGACCCUCGCCAUCGGUGAUGGGGCUAAUGAUGUCAGCAUGAUCCAGGUGGCUGAUGUUGGAGUGGGCAUCUCAGGACAGGAGGGAAUGCAGGCCGUGAUGGCCAGCGACUUUGCCUUGCCGAGGUUCCGGAACCUUCAGAAGCUCCUGCUGGUGCACGGUCACUGGUGCUACUCUCGUCUGGCCAACAUGAUCCUCUACUUCUUCUACAAGAACGCUAUGUUUGUGGCCCUCAUCUUCUGGUAUCAGUUCUACUGCGGGUUCUCAGGCUCGGCCAUGAUAGACCAGUGGUACCUGAUCUUCUUCAACCUGAUGUUCUCGGCCUUUCCUCAGCUGAUCACGGCCACGCUGGAUAAAGACGUAUCAGCGGCCACACUGCAGGACUUACCUCAGCUCUACAUGAACGGGCAGAACUCAGAGGAAUAUAAGCCAUAUAUGUUUUGGAUGAAUAUGAUCGACGCCUUUUACCAAAGCCUCGUCUGUUUCUUCAUCCCGUACUUUGCGUAUUCUGACUCGGAUGUGGAUCUGUUCACGUGGGGAACUCCCAUCACCACUCUGGCUCUGCUUACCAUCCUCCUUCACCUGGGAAUCGAGACCAAAACCUGGACAUGGAUGAACUGGGCCUCCAUCGUGUUUAGCGUUUGUCUUUUCUUCACUGUGGCACUUUGCUACAACGCUUCCUGUCCGACAUGCUACUCCCCCUCCAAUCCCUAUUGGACCAUGCAGAGGCUUCUGACAGACCCGCUCUUUUACCUGCUCUGUGUUAUCACCCCCAUCACUGCGCUCCUGCCAAGAUAUUUCUACAGAGCGUGUCAAGGAACCCUCUUCCCCAGCCCUGUCCACAUUGGGAGACAGCUAGACAAACUCCCCACGGAGAUCCGCAGACACCUCCUCAGCCAAACCCGAGUGAAGCUCGGUUCUUUAGGGGCGUUGUUUGCCUCCCGUUCCUCCUCGUUUGCCUUCUCCAGACCUUUAACCAAGCAAUCUCAGCGGCAGGAGAAAGCGGUCGCCCCACCGCAACCAAAGAGCACGGAGGUGACGGACACUCCCAGAAGCUCCAAGCACCCCGAGAACCACCUUGGUCCAUCUCAAAAAAAGGAGAAAAGGAGUCAUUCUCAAAGUCAGAGGUCAAGAGUCAGCGCUCUCACCGACCUCUUAGACAAUACCCAGGGGCCCUUACGUGGCCCCAGCCUCACAGACACAGAUACUCUGCCUUAUACCAGAGAGCUCCCGCGGACUGGGCCGGUUCUGGAGCCCGCGACCCUCACAGCAGCUGUAGAGUCCUCGGACCACGCCUGGGUCACCUCCACGCCGCUUCUGCCUCAGACAGAGUGCAUACAGCUCACUUUAUCACGGCCGGGCGUUUCGCCGGUCAUCCCCAACGAAAGGAGCUCAGAGAGUGGACUCAGCUCUGACCAAAGGUUCCUCUCACAGGAGGAUAGAAUGGAACACACUCAAACUUCAGACUGUCCCAAGGAAAACACACUCAAAACAACUUUUCUAUGA